AUGGUAUUACACGAAAAAUAUGUUUGUUCUAUUCUUCAUCAAGCAUGUGCUAUACUUAAAACUUUACCAAAUUAUAAUCGUAUCGAUUUAUCGACUUUACGUCAUAUAUUCAUUAUUGGUGAUCUUCAUGGGCAAUUAGCUGAUUUAUUACAUAUAUUUAAUGCGAAUGGACUACCUGCCAUUGAUAAUCCAUAUAUAUUUAAUGGAGAUUUUGUUGAUCGAGGCCGAAAUUCAGUUGAAGUUAUUCUCUUACUUAUGGUUGCAUUGAUUCUCUAUCCAAGUUCAGUCUUUCUUAAUCGGGGUAAUUAUUUUUCUUUUUGUGUACUCAAAAAGUGAGUACACUCUAGAAUCGGUCAGUAUGUCCGUCCGGCCGUUAACACGAUAACUUUUGAAAGGAGAGUCCAAUCGCGAUGAAAUUUUCUACACAGUUCAGUCUUAACAAUGUCUCGGUCGAGUUCGAAGAUGAGAAGAAUUGGCUCAACCAUUCCUGAGUUAUUGCAAAAAUACUCAUUUUUUCUUAUGGCUUCCUAUGCGAAAAUCGACCAAUCCCCGCUUUCGUAAAAAACUUUUCCUAUCAUACCCAAAUAAAACCCCAACUAUUAUAUACCAUUCGAUAGAGAAUUUCACGAGCUACAAAAUGGUAUAUGAUAUAUAAAGAAAUUAGAAGGUUAAGUCACCUAUAUGGCAGACAUAAUUAUGCAGGAAGCAA